GCCUGGACAAACAGAGCUCUGAUCUUUCCGAGCGUCGCAUCCAGAGCCGUUUCCAAAGGUUUACUUUUGGACUGUCUGUGUGUGUGUGUGAGUUUGUGUGAGUUUGUGUGUACCACAAAGAUCCUCCUGCUGUACAUGUCUAUAUGUAGGCUGAGCUACCCCAGCUGUGGAGCUUCUGUGUGAGAGUACGGCUGCUUUUGGCCAACCUUCUUAGAAAGCAGCGGAGAGAGAGAGAUGGAGAGUCACAGAGUGCUUGUAUGUGUGUGAGUGUGUGGAGAGGUUUCUGAGACGAGUGGAAGAUGCCGGCCAUUCUGGUCGCCUCUAAGAUGAAGUCAGGACUACCCAAACCGGUGCACAGCGCCCUGCCCAUCCCUCAGAAACAGAACCCUGCCAGGUCCAGGACCUCCAGCCCUCACAGGGCCAGCCACCUCAGACACAGCCCCCUGAAAGCCCUUUACCGGCAGGGAGAGGGCCAGGGAAAGGUGGAGACGACCCCCACCCCCAACAGAAGCCUCUCCACCACAGAGAGUGAAGACCGAGAGGACCCUCAGAUUUACACAGACUGGGCCAACCAUUACCUGGUGAAGUCGGGCCGUAAGCGACUGAUAAAGGACUUGCAGCAGGAUGUUACAGAUGGAGUGCUAUUGGCUGAGAUCAUACAGGUUGUCGCGAAUGAGAAGAUAGAAGACAUCAAUGGCUACCCGAAGAGCCGGACUCAGAUGAUUGAGAACAUCAAUACCUGCCUAGGAUUCCUGGCAGCUAAAGGGGUGAACAUCCAGGGACUCUGUGCAGAAGAGAUCCUUAAUGGGAACCUGAAGACCAUCCUGGGCCUGUUCUUCAGCUUGUCCCGCUACAAGCAGCAGCAGCAGAAGGUCUUGAAGCAGCAGGCCUCUCAUCACCCAGAGCACAGCAACCAGCCUGGACAUACUCCCCAUGGGUCACCAGCCCCCGCUCAGACCCACACACCUCAUACCCACAGCUCCACUGCACCAGCACACAAAGCAGCAUCAGAUAUGCUGUCUAGACUGCCAGCUCCCACCAUGCGGGUCUCAGCUCCAGGCAGCGAGGGGAAGCCCCGCGCGGCAUCCAACGGCAACCGUCGCAGCCAGAGCUUCAACCACUACGACAAGCCCAAGCCCUCCAGCAGCGACAGAGAGAGAAGCUCCAUGGCCUCUCCCAUCAUGACUGAGCAUGGUCUGUCUCCAGGGCCCYUCAACGGUUGCUCUUCUUCCUCCAUCCCCCAGCCCAAUGCAGGKAACAGCAGCAAGCCCUGGAGGAGUAAGUCCCUGAACGUCAAGCACAGCGCCACCUCCUCCAUGCUGUCCGUCAAGCAGGACCCUCCCACCAGGCAGCCCGUGGCCCCGCCCCUAGAGGUCCCCCCUAAAGUCAUUGCCCAGAAGUCCAUGCUGGAGAAACUCAAGCUUUUCAACACCAAAGGAACCWCCAAGGCAGCUGGAGUCCUGACUGACAGUCCGACGGGGAAGGAGKCGGAGGCGAAGGAGGUGCGCCCCACCGGCGUGGAUCCCCUGGAAGAGGCGGAUGGGAACUCCCGGCCCCCCAGCGCCAUGGCGACCAGRCCCAAACUGGCCCUGAAGGGCAUUGCCCAGCGCACUUUCAGCCGGGCCCUCACCCCCAGGAAGAGCUCUCUGAAGACUGGGGAGGAGAAAGACAAGGCCAGGCUCAAGAAGAGAGACAAGGCCCAGGAGGAAGGCUCCAAGUGGGGGUCAGUCACAGAGCAGGAGGUACCCAGGGACAACACCAGGCAGGAGGUAGAAGGUUCAGACGCAGCGGAGCCCAAGAGGAAUGCCAAGAUCACUAGCUUCAUCCCGAAAGGAGGCAAGGCUGGCAGUGGCACAAAGGAGAGCUCAGCCUCAGCAGCACACAGUGGAAUACCAAAGCCAGGUUCCAAGGCAGGGAAGACCUCUUCUGGUCGAGAUGGAGAGAGGCCCCGCACUUUGAGGGCCUGUGGGGGAGGUGGUCUCUCAGUGCACAAGGGCCAGCUGGACAACAGAAGCUCCUGCUCCAGCCUGGCUGCCUCUGAAGGGAGGUCUCACUAUCACCACACCAACGGAGUGCCCCCAGUCGCUACCACAGCCAGCAACACCAUCAGUGUUCAGCUACCUCAUCCUCAGCAGCAAUACAACCACCCCAACACUGCUACUGUUGCACCAUUCAUGUACAGGUCUCAGCCAGAUGUGACCGGAACAGACAUGAUGAUGGAGGCAGCAGGGUCACUGGAGUGUCACAGAGAGACUGCAGCCUACAGCAAAUCAGCACACAACUCCCUGGAGGACCUCACAGGUGAAGACCCUGAGGCCAGGCGCUUGCGGACGGUGAAGAACAUUGCCGAUCUGAGGCAGAACCUGGAAGAGACCAUGUCCAGCCUGAGGGGAACACAGAUCAGCCACAGUACCCUGGAGACCACCUUUGACGGCAGCGUCACCACAGAGGUCAGCGGGAGAGGCAUGCUCAACCUGUCCCCCCGCCCCAACCCAGCGCUGCCCUGGCGACUGGGCCCCUCCAGCCCCCGUCUGCAGGCGGGCGACGCCCCCUCAGUGGGGAACGGGUACGAGGUGGCAACACGGGGCAGUGCCAGUCGCAUGGUGAGCCCCGAGAGCGGGCUCUACCUCCGCGGCAGGCAGACACCAGGCCAGGAGAGGAACAGUGUGUCUGACCUGGACCCGCCAGAUAAGACGGAGGAGCUGGAGGGCAUCGCCAUGGAGACCACGGGGUACAUGAGCGACGGUGACGUGCUGGGGAAGAAUCUCCGCAUGGACAAAGUCUCCAGUGGCUACAUGACGGACGGCGGACUGAGCCGGUUCACACACUGCCUCAACCGCCUGCCAGAUGGCAUGGCCGCCGUCCGAGAGACGCUCCAUCGCAACACAUUCAAGGGCCAAGGGGACGCCACUGACAGUUGGGACGACAGCAGCUCGGUGAGCAGUGGGAUCAGUGACACCGUCGACACAGAUGACAUCAACACCAGUUCCUCAGUCAGCUCCUACGUCAACACUCCGUCCAUCUCCUGCAAGGACCUAGAGGGACAGCUCCAGACGGACGCGGAGAAGCACUCAGCCGUCGAGCAGAACUCUGUGUGGUCCGGCAGCGACGAGAUCAAGAGGUCAGACGGGAGCUCGGACAGCGGGUUCAAAAUGGAAUCGGGCUCCAAGUGGUGCCGCCGCCCCUCAGACAUGUCGGACGAGUCGGGCAGGAGCUCCUCGGACCGCAAAACGCCUUCCAUGGCCCACACGGGCUCCUGGAGGCGAGGCCUGAGUGCCCAGGUGGGCGUGACCUCGCCCAGGACCAAGGCACCUGUCACGCCAGUCUGCGGCACGCUGAAGACCCAUGGGACAGGUAAAACGGACGACACCAAGGUGUCUGAGAAGGGCCAGCAUCAUCUCUCGCCCCGGGCCAACAGCAGCAUGCAGCGCUCCCCAUCAGACACGGGCCGCAGCAGUGGAGACGAAGCCAAGAAGCCCCCCUCCACCUCCAGCUCCAGCCGCACCCCCACCACCAACACGUUUGGCUUCAAGAAGCACGCAGGAGGAGGUAUGACCAUGGUGACAGCCAGCGGAGUCACCAUCACCAGUGGCUCUGCCACCCUGGGGAAGAUCCCCAAAUCAGUGCAGCUCCACGGGGGUCGGGGUCUUGGUCGCCAGGCCAGUGUGGAUGAUGGCUACCUGCCUGUGAGCUCCCACUCCACCCUGCAGUACCGCAGCCUCCCCCGGCCCAGCAGAGCCUCUGGCGGGGUUCGCAGCGCCAACCGCUCCUCCAGCACCAGCAUCGAGUCCAACCUCAGCUCCAGGUCCAACACYCACCACGGCCCCAAAAGCCGCAGCCAAGUCCCCAAGCCCAGCGCCGGUGGCAUCCCCCUGCCUGGCUCGGGAUCUAACCAGACAGACAAGGAGAAGGGGGUGUCCUCUGAAGCCAAUCCCAUGGCCCAGGGCUCAGCAACUCUGCCUCCUCAGGGAGCCAGGCAGCCAGGGGGAAAGUACCCAGACAUCUCCUCCCCUACUCUGCGCAGACUGUUCGGAGGCAAGCAGGGCAAGCAGCAGGCCCCAGUCACCACRGCAGAGAACAUGAAGAACUCCACCGUCAUCUCCAACCUCCACGCCAACUCUGGCCAGCAGGGCGGCGCUCUGGACUCCCCCUCGGKCAGUAGCGGGGGCAGUAGCCCUCUGUAUGGGGGUGGAGGUCGUCUGGGUGUGGAGGCCCACUCCCUCUCCCCCCUGGCUUCCAGCCCCGGCUCGACCCUGUCCACCCCCUCCCACAGCCUGGCCUGGAGCAGCACCCUGAGCAGGGACACRCUGAGCCCCGGCUACCCCUCCCUCAGCAGCCUUGCCACCAGCAGCGAGUCCAUCGACGUGUCCCUGGGCAGCGGUGGCCACGGACACCACGGCCAUGGUCACGACACACUGCCAGCCUGCGUCAGGAACAACGGCAUCAAAACGGGAAUCUCAGAAAGGUACGGCCACCUGCCCCAGCUGCGUAGUCAUGACGACCCCCGGGACUGGCUGCGUUCCCACUCUGCAGGAGGUCUUCAGGAGUCUGCCGGCAGCUCCCCCUUCUCCCCCGCUUCCAGCCUCACCUCGCCCUCCGGAGCCCGCUUCAACUUCUCCCAGCUUGCAGGCAGCCCUACCACAGCUGCACAGAUCAACCUGGCCAACCUCCGCAGCGGCCUGGCCAAUCAGGAAGGGCCGUAUGACCCGUACAGUGAACGCCUGAGGAACUCGUCCAUGUCUCUGGAGGAGAAGAGUCGCACCAUGAGCAGCUCUGGGUCCUUCAGGGAUGGACUAGAGGAGGUCCACGGCUCCUCUCUGUCUCUAGUGUCCAGCACUUCCUCUGCCCACUCCAUGCCGGAGGAGAAAUCUCAGUCGGAGAUUCGUAAGCUGCGGAGAGAAUUGGACGCUUCCCAGGAGAAGGUAUCUGGUUUGACCACUCAGCUGAGUGCUAAUGCUCACCUGGUAGCAGCGUUUGAGCAGAGCUUGGGGAACAUGACCAUCCGACUCCAGGGUCUUACCACCACGGCUGAGCAGAAAGAUUCUGAGCUGAACGACCUGAGGAAGACRGUAGAGCACAUGAAGAAGCAGAACACAGCAGCCCAGGCAGCCAUCGACGGUGUCAUCAACCUGCCAGAGCUCACCUGCAAAGGUGAUAGGCCAGCCUCAGACAAUGGAAGCCCCCAGUCUCAGCAGGAUCUGUGUAUCCGCAGACAGCACUCAUCUGACAGUGUGUCUAGCAUCACCAGCGCCACCAGCCACUCCAGCGUGGGCAGCAACUUGGAGCUGGACGCCAAGAACAAAAAGACGAGGAAGAACUGGCUGCGGAGCUCUUUCAAGCAGGCAUUUGGGAAGAAGAAGUCGUCCAAGUCUGCGUCCUCCCACUCCGACGCAGAAGAGAUUGCCGACUGUUCCCUGCCCUCCUCCCCCAAGCUAACUGCAUAUAACGGCUCCACCGCCUCAACACCCAUGAUCCGGAACUCCCACUCCAACUCUCUUCCCUUUCUCUCUCCCCUGCCUGUUAGUGGGCGUGGCUGGGGCGGUAACACUGGGGUGUUGAGGACUGGUUCUCUCGCUCGGAUCUCAGAGUGCACAGACAGCGAGGCGGAGACGGUGAUGGCGCUCCGCAGCGAGCUCCGAGACAAGGACAUGAAGCUGACUGACAUACGCCUGGAGGCCCUCAGCUCCGCCCACCAGCUGGACCAGCUCAGGGAGUCCAUGAACCGCAUGCAGGGUGAGAUAGAGAGGCUGAAGACAGAGAACGACUGUAUGAAGAUGGAGAGUCAGGGCAGCUGCAGCAGAGCAGCCUCACAAGCCUCAGUGGCCUCACCCUCAGCGGGCCAGUCACAGCAUAGCCUCGCUCUAACAGAGUCCACCAGCCUCGACAUGUUGUUGGAGGACAACGGGGACGGUAGCUCACGGAAAGAAGGACGACACGUCAAGGUGGUCGUAACUCUAGAUGAGGAUGCCAAGUGGAAAGAGGAGCGUAGACCUCGUCAGUUCCUGAUUGGGUGCAUUGGUGUCAGUGGGAAAACCAAAUGGGAUGUGCUGGAUGGGGUGGUCAGACGUCUCUUUAAGGAGUACAUUAUCCACGUGGACCCAGUGAGCCAGCUGGGUCUAAACUCAGACAGUGUCCUGGGCUAUAGCAURGGGGACAUCCAUCGCACACGUGGGACUGACACCCCUGAACUCCUGCCCUGUGGAUACCUCGUUGGAGACAGUGACACCAUCUCUGUCUCUCUCAAAGGUGUGUGUGAGCACAGCCAAGACGACUUGGUGUUUGAGACGCUGAUCCCCAAACCCCUGCUGCAGCGCUACGUGUCCCAGCUCCAUGAGCACCGUAGGAUCAUCCUGUCUGGCCCCAGUGGCACCGGGAAGAGUUUCCUGGCCAGCCGAUUGGCCGAACACAUAGUGCUGAGGGAAGGGAGAGAGGUCACCGACGGGACCAUUGCCACGUUCAACGUAGACCACAAGUCCAGCAAGGAGCUGCGUCAGUACCUGUCUAACCUGGCUGACCAUUGCAACAGUACGAGUCAUGGGGUGGACAUGCCCCUGGUGGUAAUACUGGACAACCUGCACAACGUCAGCUCUCUAGGAGAGGUCUUCAAUGGCCUGCUCAGCUGCAAGCACCACCAAUGUCCUUAUAUCAUUGGAACAAUGAACCAGGCUACAUCAUCCACUCCCAACCUGCAGCUUCAUCAUAACUUCAGGUGGGUGCUGUGUGCCAACCACACUGAGCCGGUGAAGGGCUUCCUGGGUCGGUUCCUGAGGAGGAGGCUGAUGGAGACGGAGAUUAGCAGCCGGCAGCGCAACGCUGAGCUGGUGAGGAUCAUUGAGUGGAUCCCUACUGUCUGGCAUCACCUCAACCGCUUCCUGGAGUCCCACAGCUCCUCGGACGUCACCAUCGGGCCUCGCCUCUUCCUGUCUUGUCCCAUGGAUGUGGAGGGAUCCAGAGUGUGGUUCACAGAUCUGUGGAACUAUUCCAUCAUUCCCUACAUGCUGGAGGCUGUCCGAGAGGGGCUGCAGAUGUAUGGGAGGAGAGCUCCGUGGGAGGAUCCAGCACGGUGGGUGAUGGAGAGCUACCCCUGGGCAGCRAGCCCCCUGCAGCACGAAUGGCCCCAGCUGCUGCAGCUCCGGCCAGAGGARGUAGGCUUCGAUGGAUACUCCAUCUCCAAAGAUGACUGUCCCAGAAAACAGCUUCCCCAUGGAUGCACAGACGGAGACCCCCUGAUGAACAUGCUGAUGAGGUUAAAGGAGGCAGCCCACUGCUCCGGCAGCACUCAGAGUUACGACAGCGACUCCAACAGCAACCAGGAUCCCCAUGAAGACAACAUGCUGGAUUCACCGCUGGAGUACACACUAUGAGUCUCCCUCUGUCGGCUAGUACUCACUCUGGGAAACAUCCUAAAGGAACAUACCUUUUGCGUUAAUCAUCCAUUGAUAUGAGGUUCAAUGUURGGUUAUGUAUUUCAAGUUAGAAUUUGACCUCUGCGAUUUCAUGUCUUUAGGCAGUCAGAGCAUCUUAUCUACCAGUUGUAACUCACUAUUUACACUGUGUACUGAUACAUAAUAGAAUAAAUAGAUUUACUGGGUGGAGGUAACCCGAGAUGAAAAACCCAGUCGAAGUUCAAUAACCUGAAUAAUUUCAACUCAGUAUUUCUACUGUUUUCAGUGUUUAUUYGGAGUCUGUUUACAGUCCCAGACAAAGACACUCAGCCAUAUAAAUGAAUGACGUAGUUUAUGAGACAUCAAACCAGUUGCCUUGACUGUGACCUAACCUAGGCUAUAGCUAUGUGGUCCAAACUGAGUAGCAAAAACUGUACAUACAUUCACUCAGCUUCACAGAGCUUGACCUGUGUGCAUUUUCUUAGUGAAGAGACAUCUUUUUGGUGCUUAACUUUCAAAUGAUGCCUUGCUACCUUUAUAACAACGGUGGUCACAUGCAUUGACAAUGCCUUUGAUAUACUUGAUUUCUAUAGAGGCGGUGCAGAGUUUAGGYGCUGCUAACAUGCUCAUACAUUGAUGAAAAUGACUCCACAUCGUUUAUGUGCAGCUAGCUGGUAGCGAAAAGGUCUAGGCUUUUGUUAUGGAUAUCUUGAAAUCAGUGAUACUUUUAGGAUUUUUGGUGCUCUCCUGAGGAAGAUGAGAACUUUACACCUCAUGAGCGUUUCAAACAGUAUCCCAAAAGCCCUAGUUUGUCUUUUGUUCAGCUCUAGACAGAGCUCCAUCCCUGCAUGAAAUGUUCCAACACAGUGUUUCCCUAUAUAGAGGCGCAUUGGACAUAUAGACCCACAUCUGAAAGGUCUCUGGCUAGAAAAGGAUCAGAGCGACUGCAUGGCUUUGAGACGGAGGCGGGCGUGUCUAGUCGCUCACUCUGAAGAAUUAGCACCGGUUCCAUUUGCGUCCAGUGUUAAUGGGAUCCUCUGUGUUGCUGUAUUGGAGUGACUAGGCUUUAUUCCCUCAUAAGAUGGAGUAUUCUUAGAGCAGCUUACUCUACUAAGAGGUACCACUUUGGUUGCUCCCCCUCACAAUGUCCCCAUUAUCUGUCAGUGUUGUUGCUAUUCAUCCCAUGAGUGUUCUUAGUAACAAAUGCUUUGCAACAUUCAUUUGGACCUUUGACUGAAACCAAAACAGUUUACUUGUAUUUUUAAGUAUUGUCAAGAUUUGUAUUGCAGGUACAUUGAUCUGUGAAUAUUUUUGCAAGGUUUGAAUUUUCACUAGCAUAUCUUACUGGACUGUAAAGGGUGGUGCAAGCACAAAUCGAAAUGGUUGUUUGUCUUUUCUUGGUCCCACACAGUUAGGAUGUUGGAAUGAUGUGAAAGGUAUGCUAUUGAAUCUAGUGGUUGAUAAUUGUUGAAUUCUUUGAUAUGUGAAUUUUGUUUAUGCACAUUUUUAUUUUGUAAUGUGAAGAUGUACACAUUUGAUCUGAAUGCCACGUUUUCAAAACAUUUUCUAUACAUCUUUUACUGAACUACAGAGUAAUGUGUGUAGGCCUACAGUUAGGUUUCCACCAUAGGUUGUUCCUUUCUCUAUAAGAGUGAAAAACUAUGAGACUGUGAGAAUAAAUAUGGUCCCAAUACUGUA